GUGAAAGAUCUGGCAACCAGAGCCUUGUCGGGCGUAGAGUGAGCUUGAGCAGUGCAGUGUGCAUCUGGAACUUGUCGCCAUCACGUUUGGUUCUGUGUGAAAACUAGCUCUUUUUAGACGUUCAGCAUGCCACGUUAAUGGACUCAUUUACGUGUCUCUGGGCUUUCCAAUGAAACGUUACUAUGUUAGGUGUCAGUAAAUGUGUGUAACGGUGUAGUUGUGUCAACUGUGUGUCAUUUCCAGCGUUGUCCGGACAGAAUAAUCUGGCGAUUUGCAGCAAGGUUAACCCAAGGAGCGGUUGGCUGCUUCUGAACGCUAACGCGAGUUAGCUUGCAAUUCCGCUCAGCAUUUGAGCUGACUUAAUCAGUGCAAAUCGGACUCUUGUUACUAAACUUUGUCGUGGCUACUGUCACUGACGGUGCUCUCUAGCUAAGGAAGCUAGCCGCAACUUCGCCGAGGAACCCAGAAGAUUUAUUUCCCCUUCUAUUUAGCUAACAAAGCUAAGAAAAAAAAUCAAGCUUGGUACCGGAGAAGAAAGUCUGUUAAACUGGAGCGGACACCGUCACAUUUCCGUCCUUUAACACGCCCGUCGCUGUACGGCUAAUCGUCGGUGUUGCACGGCCGGCCGCUCCGGGUGACCAGCCGACAUGUCUGAGGGCUCCGAGAGCAAGCAGGCCCCGGACACGGUCCAGGAAGCAAAGCCUGAGCCGAUGGCCGCUGCGACCGCCGCCGGUCAAGCCGUGUCGUCAGUGUCUCCACCCGUGUCCGUGGUGAACCAGCCGGCCGCCACGGAGGACGAGGAGGAAGAAAGCGAGGACGAGUCUGAGAUCUUGGAGGAGAGUCCGUGUGGACGCUGGCAGAAGCGCAGAGAGGAGGUGAAUCAACGAAAUGUCCCCGGCAUCGAUAACGCCUACUUGGCCAUGGACACUGAGGAGGGAGUUGAGGUGGUGUGGAAUGAAGUCAUGUUCUCAGAAAGGAAAAACUUCAAGUUACAAGAGGAAAAAGUCAAGGCGGUGUUUGACAAUUUAAUCCAGCUGGAGCAUUUGAACAUCGUCAAGUUCCACAAGUACUGGGCCGAUGUCAAAGAGAACAGAGCCCGGGUCAUCUUCAUCACGGAGUACAUGUCCUCCGGAAGUCUCAAACAGUUUCUGAAGAAGACAAAGAAGAAUCACAAGACCAUGAAUGAAAAGGCUUGGAAGCGCUGGUGCACACAGAUUCUGUCUGCUCUCAGCUACUUGCACUCAUGCGAGCCUCCCAUCAUCCACGGCAACCUGACCUGCGACACCAUCUUCAUCCAGCACAACGGCCUCAUCAAGAUCGGCUCGGUGGCUCCAGACACGAUUAACAACCACGUCAAAACAUGUCGGGAAGAGCAGAAGAGCCUUCAUUUCUUUGCUCCGGAAUAUGGAGCUGUUGCCAAUGUCACCACUGCCGUGGAUAUUUACUCCUUUGGAAUGUGCGCCUUAGAGAUGGCGGUGUUAGAAAUCCAGAGUAAUGGAGAUUCGUCGUAUGUUUCCCAAGAAGCCAUAAACAGUGCCAUUCAGUCCCUCGAGGACCCCUUGCAACGGGAAUUCAUCCAGAAGUGUCUGGAGGUGGACCCGGACAAGCGUCCCACAGCCAGGGAGCUCCUGUUUCACCAGGCCUUGUUCGAGGUGCCGCUGCUCAAGCUGCUGGCCGCCCACUGCAUCGUCAGCCACCAGCAUAUGAUUCCAGAGAACGCAUUAGAGGAGAUGACGAAGAACAUGGACCCCAACCUGGUGAUUGUGGAGGGGAAGGAGGGCAUUCAGAUGAAGCUGUCCCAGUUUCCUGCCCUUGAGCUGGACAAGUUCCUGGAGGACGUCAGGAAUGGGAUCUAUCCCUUGACGGCGUUUGGGAUUCCAUGUCCGCAACAACCUCAGCAGGAGGCGGUCAAGUCGCCCAUCGUGCCGCCCUCUGUCAAAACACCCACCCCGGAACCUGCAGAACUCGAGACCAGGAAGGUGAGAACUCGCCACGCAGCUCAUGCUCAGGAAGCCCUCGCUCGUCACCUCACGACGACGGCUGUCCCACAGGUGCUUCAGAUGCAGUGCAACAUUGAGCCCGUGGAUGAAGGCGCCAAGCAUCACCUGACUUUACUGCUCAAACUCGAGGACAAACUCAACCGACACUUGAGCUGCGACCUGUUACCAAACGAGAACGUGCAAGAGUUGGCUGUGGAGCUUGUUCAGCUCGGCUUCAUCAGUGAGGGCGAUCAGCCUCGUCUCGCGUGCGUUCUCGAAGAGGCCUUCUCCAAGUUCUACAGCCGCAACGGUUCCCUCAACCCCGUGACGGUCUCCUCGUAGCAGAGGACCCCUCACCCCCCACCCAGCAGAACCCUCCUUCCACAUCCCGGCUGCCGUCUCCCCCCCUCCUUGUACACAGAGGAGGAAAGCCUUGUUCUUGACUGCGCCUCCGCGCUGCAGUCUUUAUGUUCUGGUCGGACAACGCUGCCACUAAGUGGUUCUCUCUCUUUUAUUUUUUUUUUUGUUAAUUAUUUUGUUCUUCUUUCCCAACCAGUACAGCCAUCAAGCCUCAUCGCAACAAUAAAAAAAAAAUCACUCUGGCUUGUUUCUUUAACUUUAGUCAUGAAAUGUUUAACUGCGUAAAAGCAGUCUUUUUCCUUUCGUCAGUAUUAAAACUGUAUUUUUAUCAUUUUUACUGUUAAAUAACUGUCUACCCCACCCUCCACAUUGCGGAAGUGUUAAGUCUGCUUGUCGCCUCCUAUUUAAACUUGAUGGGCUGCUUUCCCGUCAAGCUCAAGACAAUUGGAGAAAGCUUGUCGUUUGUACAAGUCGAAAAUAUCCCAACUAUUUGUGUUUGACUGUAAUUCACUUCCAGCACUGUUGUGGCCGUUGCUUGUUCUGAAUGUAAGCUUCUAUUCACUCCUAUUUUCAUGCAACUUUCAGAACUUAAAAAAAAAA